AUCUAAUAUCGAACAGUAGAGACUCUUCUGACUUGCGGGGCCGACUGCUGGAUAGCGGUUGUCGACUGGACGUAUUUUGUGACGAAAUAAUAGACACGGAAUUAGUCCGCGAUGUGUUGCCUACGAGUAAUCACCAUCGUCAGGCGGCAUUGACUGCUAUUGUUGCUCAGAUUACAUCUAUGCAACAGACCGCGAUAUUGCCAGACAAAAUGUAAGGCGAGCUCGAAGAGCAACAUGGUAUCCUUGGGGAGCUGGGGAAAAAACAUGCUAUCGCCGUCAAAAAUUUAUGACGUGGUACGACUGCAUCCAAAAGCGCCAAAUCAACGAACUACUUCAACCACCAAGACGACGUGACACCGAUCCUCGACGGUCGUUAUGGCCUUCGGCAGACACCAAUCCCUCCUCCGAUCGAACUCUAUCAUCGCUUCUUUGCUUCUUUCCAGUCUUGCAUUCGCGACGAAGCUCAUGAGGACUGCCUCUCAGAUAUCGACCGAUGAGUUCGAGCGUGAGGACCCCACCAAGAAUAUUUUGUCGCAACUGCUCAACCAUCCCCCCCCCGCGGUAGCGGCUGGUGUCAUAUGCGAAGAAAAGGAAGAAUUAGGUUGGAGCGGCGAAGGUUCCAUUCAAGGCUCUUUCUCGUAUGCUCAGUACUGGACGCAGAAAGACGCCCAAGUUUGUGGCUUAUCUUCUGUUCAUCUCCGUGCUGAUUUAUCACUUCUCCAGCGCGAACAUUUUUUCAAAGCAUGCUGCUGCCCUUCGUUCAUCAUCUCCAUUGCAGGACCUUGGAUUGCCAUUCUAGGCGCUGUCUUCCCGACUCUGCCAAUCGUCCAGCGUUUGACCGACUAUCUAUGGCUUGGCAAUAGUCGUUCUGAUGGUGACGACCAUGCUCUUCGCCUCGCUCGCGUCUUUCAGUCUCUGAGAUUAGCCGUCGACGACCUUGAGAAGUACUACCAGGAGUUUGGACUCUCAGACUCCCAGUCCGUACAGACCACUCGCUACUUUCCCGACAUAACCGAAUACGACGACGACACGAAAGUCGUCAGAUUCCAAUACCUUCAGCCCCUGGAAAUAGAUGAGGCGUGCAUGACGUUCCUCGCGAAGCUCGACAAGGCGCAUGGAGAGGAACAGGUCGUUGUAAGGUUUGUUCAGCGAUACGGUGCCGAGGCCCACAGGCUGUUAGCAAGUAAGGGGAAGGCGCCAGCACUAAAAUAUUGCGGUCCGAUUUCCAGUGAUGGCAAGUACUGGUAUGGAUCCCUUCAAAUGGUCGUUAUGGAGUUCCUCCACGGCCAGACGACGGUGCGCGAAGCGGUUCGAGGCGCUGUUCGAAUUCUUCACGAUCAGUCACUCGUUCAUGGAGAUAUCCACAUGCCAAAUAUUGUGAUCAUUGAUGGUGCGGGAGAUGAAGGGGCGAGGAUGAGGAUCAUCGAUUUUGACUGGGCAGGUGAGCAAGGCAAAGUAAGAUAUCCGCUGCAUCUCAGCAACUAUACUCGGAACACACUGGGUGUCAAAGACUAUGAUAUUAUUACGUUUCAGCAUGACAUGACGAUGGUAGAUGCAUUAUAGUCAGUCCUGCACGUUGUUUAUUG